AUGGCCAAACGCACCUUCUCCAUGCUAGAGACGUUCCUGAUCUUCCUCCUCGUGUUGAUGACCGCUAUCACAGUAGCCCUUCUCAGCCUCCUGUUUAUCACCAGUGGGACCAUCGAAAAUCACAAAGAUUCAGGUCUCCCGUCCACCCAGAGCUCCCCGGCCACCAUGGGCUCCACAGCCAGUCAAGGCCCAGCACGCACCGAUGGCACUACGACCACGCAGGCCCCUCCCGUGGUUAGCACUCCAGAGCCUCCUCUCUUCCAGAACUUCAGUGGCUACCAUAUUGGUGUUGGGCGAGCCGACUGCACGGGACAAAUAGCAGAUAUCAACUUGAUGGGCUACAGUAAGACUGGCCAGAACGCACGCGGCAUCCUCACCAGGCUGUACAGUCGAGCUUUCGUCAUCGCGGAGCCCGAUGGGUUAAAUCGAAUGGUGUUUGUCAGUGUCGACAUAGGCAUGGUAUCCCAACGCCUCAGGCUGGAGGUCCUGAACAGGCUGCAGAGUAAAUACGGCUCCCUGUACAGAAGGGACAAUGUCGUCCUGAGUGGCACUCACACUCACUCGGGGCCAGCAGGGUUUUUCCAGUACACUGUAUUUGUCAUCGCCAGCGAAGGGUUCAGCAAUCGAACUUUUGAAUACAUGGUCACUGGCAUCGUGAAGAGCAUCGAGAUGGCGCACAGAAAUAUGAAACCAGGCAAAAUCUUUAUCAACAAAGGAAUUGUGGAAGGUGCCCAGAUCAACCGAAGCCCUUCUUCCUACCUUCAGAAUCCCGAGUCAGAGCGAGCCAGGUAUUCUUCAAAUACUGACAAAGAAAUGGUCGUCCUAAAGAUGCAAGAUUUGAAUGGAGCUGAACUGGGCCUCCUCAGCUGGUUUGCCAUCCACCCGGUCAGCAUGAACAACAGCAAUCAUCUCGUCAAUAGCGACAACGUGGGCUACGCCUCGUACCUUUUUGAGCAAGAGAAGAACAAAGGCUAUCUACCUGGACAGGGGCCGUAUGUAGCAGCCUUCGCUUCAUCAAACCUGGGAGACGUGUCCCCCAAUGUUCUUGGCCCACAUUGCAUCAACACAGGAGAGUCCUGUGAUAAUGCCAAUAGCUCUUGUCCCAUUGGCGGGCCCAGCAUGUGCGUUGCUAUGGGACCCGGACAGGACAUGCUCCGCAGCACGCAGAUUAUAGGACGGAUAAUCUAUGAGAGAGCGAAGGAACUGUACGACUCCGCCUCCCAGGAGGUCACGGGACCACUGGUUGCAGCUCAUCAGUGGGUGAAUAUGACGGAUGUCACCGUCCAGCUCAACUCCACACACACAGCAAAAACGUGUAAACCCGCACUGGGCUACAGUUUUGCGGCUGGGACCAUCGAUGGAUUCGGGAACCCCAAUUUUACGCAGGGGACAACAGUAGGGGAUCCAUUUUGGGACACUCUUCGGGAUCAAAUCCUGGGCAAACCAUCUGAAGAAAUCAAAGAGUGUCAUAAACCAAAGCCAAUCCUCCUUCACACUGGAGAGUUGACAAAACCUCACCCCUGGCACCCAGAUAUUGUUGAUGUUCAGAUUGUCACGAUUGGGUACUUGGCCAUAACUGCCAUCCCUGGGGAGUUUACGACCAUGUCUGGACGGAGACUUCGAGAGGCAGUUCAAGCUGAAUUUGCAACCAAUGGGAUGGAGAAUAUGACCAUCGUGAUUUCGGGUCUGUGCAACGUGUACACACAUUAUAUUACCACCUUUGAAGAAUACCAGGCUCAGCGGUAUGAGGCAGCAUCUACAAUUUAUGGACCACACACUCUGUCCGCUUAUAUCCAGCUCUUCCAAGGCCUUGCUAAGGCCAUUGCUACGGAUACAGUAGCCAACCUGAGCAGAGGUCCAGAGCCUCCAUUUUUCAAACAACUGAUAGCGUCCUUAAUUCCUAAUAUCGCGGAUAGAACACCGAAAGGCAAAAAUUUUGGGGAUGUUCUGCAGCCCACGCAAGCUACAUACAGAGUGGGAGAAGUUGCUGAAGUUACCUUCGUAGGCGCCAACCCGAAGAACUCAGCAGAAAACGAGACCCAUCAGACCUUCCUCACUGUCGAGAAGUACGAGGCCGCCUCAGAAUCAUGGUGGACAGUGCAUAACGAUGCCUCCUGGGAGACUCGUUUCUAUUGGCACAAGGGGCUGCUGGGUCACAGCAAUGUCACAAUACAAUGGCACAUUCCAGACACCGCCCAGCCUGGAAGCUACAGAAUAAGAUACUUCGGACACAGUCGGAAGCAGGAAUUUCUCAAGCCGGCGGUCAUCCUUCCAUUUGAAAGUGCUUCUUCUACCUUUGAAGUAGUAACUGCUUGGUGA